AUGUCUGCAAUCACAAUUAAUUCCCAAAAGCCCAAUCAUUUUAUCACCACCGCAGACUACACUGCUGAACAGCUACUUGAUUUAGUCAAUCGUGCUAUUCAAUUCAAGGUCGAGUCAAAGUACAGCCAUCCCAAAGCCCGCACUGAUCGCCCUUUGGCUGGAAAGACUAUGGCUCUCUUAUUCUCAAAGCGAUCCACUCGUACUCGUGUGGCUACUGAAACUGCUGUUAGUUAUUUAGGCGGCAAUGCCAUGUUCCUGGGAGGUCAAGAUAUUCAACUCGGCGUCAAUGAAUCAUUGUUGGACACCACUCGUGUAGUAAGCUCAAUGGUUGAUGGUAUUAUGGCUCGUGUUGGUAGCCAUGAUGAGAUUGAGACUCUCGCUAAAGAGUCUGCUGUACCUGUGAUUAAUGCCUUGUCUGACAAAUAUCACCCUACCCAAAUCUUGGCUGAUUUGAUGACAAUUCAUGAAUACUAUCACCACAAGAAGAACAAUGUCCCAAAGGGUGCCUACUCUGCUCAUACUCAACAUCCCCGUGAAACCCUAAACGGCUUGAAGGUCGCAUGGGUUGGUGAUGCCAACAACAUUCUUCAAGAAAUCUUGGUUGCUUUCCCCAAGUGUGGUAUUAGCGUAUCUGCUGCCUGUCCUUCUGGCUACGUCUGUGAUCAAGAAGUUAUUGAUAUCGCUCAAGCUGAUGCAAAGAAGACUGGCGCCUCUGUUGUAUUCACUACCAAUCCCGAAGAAGCCGUUAAGGAUUGUGAUAUCAUUGUUACUGACACCUGGGUCAGUAUGGGCCAAGAGGAAGAGAAGAAAAAGCGUCUUGUAGAAUUUGAAGGCUACCAAGUUACAAAUGAUUUAGCCAAGCGUGGUGGAGCCAAGGCUGACUGGGUGUUUAUGCACUGUCUUCCCCGUAAACCCGAAGAAGUCGAUGAUGAAGUCUUUUACUCUGACCGUUCUAUAGUCUUCCCUGAAGCUGAGAACAGAAAAUGGACCAUCCUUUCUGUUGUUGAUGCCUUGAUGGUUCGUGGUGGCAUCUAA